AAACACUCCAUUUAUAAUUUGGACAUGAGUAGUCCGUAGUCGCUACCACUAUAGUGGGGCACAGGCGAUCGCAUAUUCGCACCCACCCAUCACACGACAAAAUCCCUCACCCUCGUGAGUCCUGACGUCCUCGCCCGUGCUCGCAGUUGGUAGGGUUCUAGCCAUGGCGUGGAGCGCCGCCGCCGUCUCCAGGUUCGCAGCCGCCUCCCCACCCGCGGCACCCAUCUCCGUCAGGCUUGGAGCCGCCGCUUCUCGCUCGUCCCUGUCCUUCUCCAGUGGGCGCCGACGCCCCGUGGCCGCGUCCCUCUCGACCUCUGCCACCGCUGUAAAGGAGGCUGUUCAGACAGAGAAGGCACCACCAGCACUAGGCCCUUAUUCUCAGGCCAUCAAAGCAAAUAAUCUUGUGUUUGUUUCUGGAGUUCUUGGCUUGAAUCCCGAGACCAGGAAGUUUAUCUCUGAAAAUGUUGAGGAGCAAACUGAGCAGGUUAUGAAAAACAUGGGCGAGAUAUUGAAAGCUAGUGGUGCUAACUAUUCUUCAGUUGUGAAGACAACGAUCAUGUUGGCUGAUCUGCAGGAUUUCAAUAAAGUAAACGAGAUCUAUGGCAAAUAUUUCCCGGUGCCAGCACCUGCACGAUCAACCUACCAAGUGGCGGCGCUGCCACUGAAUGCCCGGAUUGAGAUUGAGUGCAUCGCUGCUCUCUAAUCAGAUCAUCCAACCACUCAUUAAAUCAUCAAUAAGCACCCAGGAAUUUGUGGUAGAGGUACCUGUACCAGUUCAGUGUCUGAAAACUGCGGGUAACAAACCUUUGUGUCCCGGAUAAGUGAUGUGUGUGUGUGUGUGAGUGAACAGUGCAUCUAGUAGGAGAAUUGUUGCGUGGUUUGUUACUUGGAUUCUUCGCUCUUUAGACAAGAAGUACCAUGGCAUCAACAUCAAUAGCCUACUGUUUUCUUCCCAAUAAGAAUGAAUUGGCUUCCCCAACA